CCUCACCGCUCAGCCACCUGACUCCCCAUGGCAUGACGUUUACUAAAUCUAGCCAUCAUUUUCCAAUAUCAUAAACACAUUUCACAUGAAGACACAAUUCACAAAACACAAUCCUCCGUUCUCAUAAAUCUUAACACAUUUUUCCUUGUUAAAACACAAGUUGCAAAAGAACUCUGCUCAUAUUCUCAAAUGAAAGCUCAUGUGAUGCAAAAUGCUUGCCACAGUCAGCAAUAUUUGAACACAAUGAACACACCUGGCAUCAUUCAUUACACACAACGACUCAAAAUUGAAGACACCUGUUGCUAAUGCUGUGACCACAUGUAUAAAAGCAAGUUCAGAGUGCACAGUUUGCUGGAGAUUCCAAACAAACACAAUGGAUGAAGGCAGAGUUAGGGGAAGAGGAAUUCGAGUCAGAGGAGGGAGAAGAGCUGGCCAUGGAAGAAGAGGAGGAGGCCAACAAGGGAGAGGAGGAGGCCAACAAGGGAGAGGAGGAGGCCAACAAGGGAGAGGAGAAGGUCUAGGAGGGAGAGCAAGACAACCUCGCACCAUCAUUACGGACGAGAUGCGAGCAACAGUCAUUGACCAUGUCAUUGUCCAUGGCAUGACAAUGGCUGAAGCAGGACUAGGAGUCUGUCCAAACCUGAGUAGGUUCACCGUGGCUACCAUUAUCAGGGCAUUCAGACAACACAACAGAGUUGAAAGAAUGCCACAUAGCGGUGGGAGGGUUGCCCUAUUUACAGCGGCACAAGAAACCCUCAUUGUGGAUAUGGUUCACGAGAACAACCUCAUCAGACUCCGGGAGAUCAGAGACAAAGUCAUUGCCGAUAAUGUCAACUUUGAGAGCAUUGAUGAUGUCAGCUUGGCCACAAUAGACCGAGUUCUCCGGCGCCAAAAGAUGCGGAUGAAACAGGUCUAUAGGGUUCCCUUUGAGCGCAACUCUGCGCGACACAAAGACCUACGUUACGAGUAUGUGCAAAGGAUAUUACAGUUGGACGCGAUGGCCAGACCUCAUGAGUACCUCUUCCUGGAUGAGGCUGGCUUCAACGUGCAGAAACGAAGGCAAAGAGGCUGUAACAUCAUUGGCCAAGAGCCAUCACUGAGGUUCCUGGCCAACGGGGGGGUAAUAUUACUCUUUGUGCGGCCAUGGGUUUGGAGGGGCUUGUCCACCGGCAUGCUGUCCUUGGGUCUUGCAACACCCAACUCCUCACCUUCCUAGAGGAGCUAAAAGACAUCCUCCUGGACCGCCAACAACACCAUCCUGGGCCCGCACAUCACAUUUAUGUGAUCAUUUGGGACAAUGUAAGUUUCCACAGAACAAACCAAAUCAGAGAGUGGUUCACCACCAACAGUAACCACUUUUUAAACGUCUGUCUGCCACCCUACUCCCCUUUCCUGAACCCUAUAGAGGAGUUGGAAGGUUUAUGACAGACAACCAUACUCUAGAGAGAACCUCCUAAGGGCAAUGGAGCUGGCCUGUGUUGACAUCCCAGUGGAGGCCUUCCAAGGAUGGAUGCGCCAUUCCAGGGCGUUUUUCCCACGGUGCCUGGCAAGAGACAAUAUAGCCUGCGAUGUGGAUGAGGUGAUGUGGCCCGAUGCAGCUCAGCGACAUGAUGCCGCACAGUGAUUGUGGUGUG